CAUAGAUAUAUCAUUAUCCAUCCAGUUCGAUUGAAUUGAAAUAAAUUAAUAUUACCAUGUUCUUUUGCCAUGUUGAUUCAAUAUACAGAUUCAUGCUUUAGAUUGGUUAUUAUUGUUACACUUUUAAUACAAUCAAGUUUGAAUUAAAGUAUUUGGAAGUGAGAUUUAAAUUCAUUGGUAGGGUAGUGAUCAAUACAUGUUAGAGUCGAUUUUCCGUAGUCCUUCUAAAGCAGCUGUGUGAUAGAUAUCUUAUUCAAGAUGCUAACUCCACGUUUCAAAUUAAGUCAAGACGACAACCAUGUCUUCAUAUGUGUGCAUGCACCGUAUACAAAUGUUAGAGAUACCGAGAUCGAUGUAGAUGGUGAUAAUUUCCUCUUUCUCUCCAGUCCGUACUUCCUCCGGCUCCAGCUUCCAGGCAAGAUCGUGGAUCAGUCGGAUAACUCGGUAGGGACCUAUACCUGUGAUUCUGGCGAUUUCAAUCUAACCUUUGAUAAGGAAGUUCCUGGAGAGUAUUUUGAAAACUUGGACAUGAUAACAUGUCUUAUUGCACCUCGUGAUAUACCAUCUGUCAAUCCCGAUUUGGUAGAAAUGCUUGACGAUAAUGGGAUAACUUUUGACAACAGCGACGACAGUGAUAGUGGUGACAAAUAUAGCUAUGGUUUUGCAAAUAAAGUCACUACAGAGUUUCAAGACAUAGGUACAGAAUUUCCUCAGAUAUUUGAGUUGCGGUAUCCUGAAAGAGUUUCAAUUGCAGAACGGAAUAAAAUUAGAAUUGACUAUGAAGAUAGGAAGUUCUCAUCGGAUCACUACUUAGCUGAUUACUUUGAUGAGGAACUCAUUGCACCAUAUUUAUCCUCAUCACCUAAUUGGACUAAUUUAGAUAUUAACAGUAUAGAAUUCACUGAUGCUGAGGUCGGUGUGUUGAAAGAGUUGCCCAAUAAAAAUUAUUUGUUAAGUAAAAAUGAAUAUAAACAAGUACUAUAUGGUCUAAUUGACAUUCUUUAUGGCUACUGCUAUGAUAAACGGACAACAUUAAAUGAAAGCACUGUUGAAUCAAGUUGGACCAUAAAUAAGUUAUCUUCAACAUUAAGUUGGUUUUGUGCAUUCAACAAUGUACAGGAGACCUUGAUAUCAUGUUACCGGAGAGCACUAAUUUAUCCUAUAUUUCGCAACUUUGAACUAUGUGAAAAAGUGAAGAAUGAUGUAGUAACAUUGUUUAGGAAAGGCAAGAAAUUUGUGAUUAAAUGUGUUAUUGAAAUUUAUAAAAUGUUUACUACAAGCAAUGAUGCUCGAUACAUAUUAAAUCAAUUAUAUAUACAAGACUACCUAAUAUUCCUCCAGAAAUGUCAUACUGAUGAAAUUGAUGAAUUAUGUAAUAAUAUAGCCAAUACAGAAAUUGCAAAAACUGAUUUAAAUUUGGACUUGGAAGAAUUUGAAAUGGCAGGAAGAUUGGUCCAGCAGGAUGAACUGGAAAUAAUGGAGAAUCAGAUGGCAUUACAGCUUGCAUCAAUGUCUUUAUUACCAAAGAGGAAUAGGAUAAUCGAACAGACUGACUCCGAUUCUGAUUCAAGUAGUGAUUCAUCGGAUUCCAGCAGUGAUUCAUCAGACUCCAGCAGCGAUUCAUCUGAUGAUUCUUCUGAGGAACUGGAUUCUGAUGAUGACCCAUUAUAACAUCAGAACUUCGACUGUUCAAGCAAAGGCUUGUAAUAGUUGAAAAGUUACAAAUUGCAUUUGAACCAUUGUGACAAACAUGAACAAUGAACACAUAUAAAUGAUAUAAAGUCAUGCAUAUAUGGGUUAUCCUUUAUCUAUUUUAAGAGUCUAUAAAUAUCUAUCAUAGAUAUUUCAGAUCCUAGCUAGGUAUUAUAUCAAUGUAAUAUAAACUCUUGUUAUUAUACAUAUUAGGAAUAUAUGAGAAUUAUUCAAUGUUUCUCAAAAAUAUAGAUGUAAACAAACUAUUUAGUUAUACCAUAUGCAUUACAUAUGGGCUAACUAAAUAGUUUACUGGAUAUUGAAUACUGGAACACUUACAAUAAAAAUAGUGCUUAGCAGUAAAUGUAUACAUAUAAAUUAUGUGUAACCAUAGUAAUUGUAAUGCUUCUAUCACUUACUUGAAUAAGUAAAUGUAUUAUUCUAACCAUCAGAAAAUAUAUUAAUAAUUGGAAAUGAUCUGUGUAAUUGUUAUCGAUUUUAUGUAAUAAUAGGUAAAUUCUAUUAUGUAUAGAAAACCUUAUUGAAUCAAAGAUAUUUAAAAGAUAUGUUCUACAUUAAGUGUUUAUUGUCUCUGGAACUAAUGAACCAGUUGCUUACAUAGUCUAAUAGUAUUAGCUUCUAUAAUAAUGGCUUAAUACUCACAGGUAAUACAGGUAGAACUCAUGGCCUUAAUACACCAUGGAAGAUAAUUAUAAAUAUAUGCCAGUUUUCUUGUAAAUUAAUGUUUCUGAUUAAUACAUGUAUAACUGUAGAAUACUUGUAGGUCAGAUAGUGUUAAAUGAGUAUUGUGUUCAAAUGUAAUAUCUAUAGUUGUAGUAGAAAUGUUAUUAUUAGCGCGUUAUGGGGUGUAAUCUCAAAAAUAAUUCUGUACCAAUUUAAACAAUUCUUUAAUCACUUUAGAGGUAGUGAUUAUUCUAAAUGUAAUUCUACCAUAUAUACUAUUUUGAAUUUUGAUCCACUUGGUAAAGUGGUUAGUUAGCAAUGUUACAAUCUUAUUAGUAGUUUAUAGAUAGUAGUUUCUGCUAUACUAUUAGAAUU